UCUCUCCUUAAGAAGAAGAAGAAGAAGAAGAAGAAGAAGAAUUUUCAAAGCAGCAAAAAAAAAAGGAGGGAGCCAUUGAUCUUUCAGUGCUCCAUGAUGCGAAUAACCCAAAAUUUCCAUCGUUUCAUCUUUUAGAAUCCUGCUCCCCCCUUUUCCCCCACAAUCGCAUAAUCCUUCAGCAGCCGAAUUAUUCAAAGAAGAAGAAGAAGAUUGAUGGCUUCGAAUUCGAUUCUCUACACUCUUGUCUGUUUGAUUCUAUGUCUUUUCAUUGGCCGCUCUCAUUCGUUCCAAUUCCAUGAUUUUUCUACUUUCACAGUCUCCAGCCUUACGUACCCUGAUACCCAGUUGCAGCCAUUUCAGCUUCGGUAUUUUAGAGUUGAGUUGCCGCCAUGGUUCUCAUCAUUGUCUAUUUCAUUGAACUCAGAUGUAGAUCUUGACAUCGCGAGCGUAAGAAAGAUACCAAAGCGUGCAUUGCCUAUAAUUUGCUUCAGAGAUGGCAGCCCCCCGCUGCCGGAUGCUAACACUUCCUUAAUAGAUUCAGGGUUAGCUCUUUUGACCAACAUUUCGAUUGAGGGAAUACAAGGCCAUCAAAAUGCGGAGCAAUGCUAUCCAAUGCAGCGAUAUAUCGAAGUAAAGUUGACUAAUGAGCAGAUCAUCCGAGGGCCAUCAUUUUCUUUCACUGCCAAUGUUACAGUGGAAGGGUGUUCGCCCUCUACAAUGUUCGGGCAAUAUUGCAAUCAAACAGUUGAUCCGCUCUCAUGUUAUUUAUCCGAGGGUCAUAAUCUUGUCGAAAACGUUUCAGAUGCUAUGUCAUACAACAGAUCAGCCGAAAAUUUGGUUUUAUGCAGGAGUACAUUUACAACAUCUUGUCUUAGAGAUGGUGAACAAAAAAUGUACUCUUUGGAGUUGGAAGGUGUUGCAGAAGAGCUGACCAUUUCAGCAACAAAUGUGAGGCUCAACUUAACACAGUCCAAUAACUCUAGUAAUGUUAGUGGAAUUAGUAUGAUGUGCUUCGUUCGUCAUGGCGCAAUUCCUUCGGAAGCCCUGCAUGAUUAUUCUGGUAACUUAAACACAGGCCCUUUGGUUAUCCGUUUUCCAAAAGUAGGCCACUGGUAUAUCUCCAUCAUGCCUCUGAAUCUCUCAAAAGAACUUGGAAGGGUUCCGGUCAACAAUUCGAGGGUUUGCUACUCCAUGGAAUCAUACGUGCUUCAAUGCCCAUAUGGAAAGACUGGACCUAAUUGUACAUGGAACCGAUAUGUCCUCCAGGCGAUUGUCAGAAGAGGUUCAUCACCAUUCGAAUCAUAUUAUAUGCCAAUCAAAGAACAGUACUUUGAAUCGGCGAACUUUGCUAUUGAACCUCUUCUAAGCAACUCUUCAAAUCAUGGAGAGCAAAAGUUUGCUUGGACUUAUUUUGUUCUUGAUGUUCCUCGGGGCGCAGCCGGAGGAAAUAUUCACUUCCAAUUAUCAACUUCUAUGACAAUGGAUUGUGAAGUCUAUGCUAGAUUUGGUGGAUUACCAUCUCUUGAUAACUGGGAUUAUUGUUAUAAAAACCAAACCAGUAACAGUGGUGGCUCAGCAUUCCUUUCCCUCUACAAUUCAAGCAAUGUAAAUAUAGAUUUCCAUAUUUUAUAUGCCAGUGAAGGAACUUGGGCUUUCGGGUUAAGGCAUCGAGUCAACAGAAGUCUGGCUGAAGAUCAAACUAUUAUGUCAGUCGUGCUUGAGCGUUGCCCAAACAGAUGCUCGUCCCAUGGAAGAUGUGAUUUUGCUUUUGAUGCUAGUGGAGUCACAUCAUAUAGCUAUUGCUCCUGCGACCGAAAUCAUGGAGGCUUUGAUUGCAGCAUUGAGAUUGUCAACCAUAAAGGGCACGUGCAGCAAUCAAUAGCGCUAAUUGCAUCGAACGCUGCUGCUAUUUUUCCCGCCUAUUGGGCCCUUCGACAAAAGGCUCUAGCAGAGUGGGUGCUGUUCACCUCAAGUGGGAUUUCAAGUGGUUUAUACCAUGCUUGUGAUGUGGGCACUUGGUGUCCAUUAUCAUUCAAUGUUUUACAGUUUAUGGACUUCUGGCUCUCUUUCAUGGCCGUCGUUAGCACAUUCGUGUACCUGGCAACAAUUGACGAAGUUUAUAAAAGGGCAAUUCAUACUGUUGUCGCGAUCCUAACUGCUCUCAUGGCUAUAACCAAGGCGACGCGGUCUUCCAAUAUCGUUAUUGUGUUGGCAAUUGGUGCGCUUGGUCUUCUAGUCGGAUGGCUGAUCGAGUUAUCGACGAAGUAUCGAUCAUUCUCCCUUCCAAUGGGAAUUUCUUUGAAUGUGCUUCAAAGAUGGGAAGCUAUUAAAGCAUGGGCGCAUAAUCUCUUCAAGACUCUCUACAGAAGAUACAGAUGGGGCUUUAUGCUUGCAGGUUUCACUGCAUUGGCUAUUGCUGCCAUCAGCUGGAAUUUGGAAACCACUGAAACUUACUGGAUUUGGCAUAGCAUUUGGCACUUGACUAUCUACACAUCGUCAUUCUUCUUCCUCUGUUCGAAAGCGAGUGUUUCGAAUGGCGACAAUUUGGUUGCUGCGAAUGGGGAAAAUGGAAUAAGCUCGAACGUAAAUUAUGAAUUGGCUAGGCAGGAUUCGUUGCCUAGAAGAGUAUAGGAAGAAGCAGAAAAUAGAGGCGAUGUUGUAAAUUUCGGCCCCGAUUGGAGACUUACAGGAUAUAGCUUUUGAAUUAUUGCUGUAAAUUAUUAUUCUCUCACAGGUUUGAUCUUUCCCUUUCAUAAUUCUUUCUUUCUUUUUUGGUAGGAAAAAUAAGACAUGAAUUGUGAAUAUUCUUAACUUAGAUUAGAGAGAAUGAUCCCUCUGAUUUGGGGUAAAUGAGAAGUAAAUUUGAUCUUA